GUUGUGCUCAUUGUAUGAUCUCUAGUUGAACAGUCGACCAGUAGCGAAUCAUUUUUCUCUAUCGACGAUCUUGCAUUUGGUGUAUUUGUGUGGAUUUGAUUGUCAUUUUAUUUUGAGUGAUUUUUUGUUAUUGUUUUUGUUUUUAUUUCGGCGACAAUGUUUCGUCAAAUAAAUCAGGCCAUUUUAUUGUGUGCCGUUUUUGUUGUGGUAAAUUGCUUCCCAGAUGGUGGGCCAGCCGAUACAUGUGUUAAACCGGAACGAUUUAAUCAACCAAAUCAUGGACAAGCCAGAUCUCAGCCCAUUGGUUCGUUGCCAUAUGAAGUAAUAGCCACCACCGAUCAAUAUCAACCAGGACAACAAAUUCAAAGUACAGUUUUACAUUAUGCAAUGCAAAAUGCAUCAAUUACUCAUCAAUUUUUUCUUCUUCUGAACACAGUUACCAUUCGUGGCCGUGACUAUUUCCGUGGAUUUUUCAUUCAAGCGCGUGAUACUGAGACAAACGAAUGGAUUGGAUCAUGGCAAGACAGUCAAAAUACCAAAACGAUUCCGGAAUGUGCAUCAAUCACUCAUGCCGAUAAUAAAGAUAAAGAAGGCGCAAAUCUAAUUUGGAAUGCUCCACAGCAUAAGAGCGGCCGAGUUUAUUUCACCGGAUCCGUUGUUAAAAAUUACUCUACAUUUUGGGCUGAUGUCGUUGCCAAAAUUCCCAUUUAUCAAAGAUAAAUAAAUUUUAAUUUUACGCAAGAAAUAAUACACACACAAAUCAUUAUUUUCAUUUUCAAUGCAUUUUUUUUUUGAACCAAAAC